UCACCAUCUCCGAUCUCUGACGAAUUCCCCAGUUUGGCAAGUAAUGACGUCGUUUCGGUGCUUUUUAGUUCUCUCCCUCAUUUCUCUCCUCCUUUUCUCAACUCUCCCGUCCUCGUUCUCCAAGACCACCACUAAAAACGACGACGUGGAAGACGACGAGGAUCUCCGUUUCCUCGAAGAGACAGAAGGGAAAAGCGACGCCGCUUCACGCUCUCAUUUCAACGAGGAAGACGACGACCACUACUCCGACUUCGACGACGAUGACUUCGGAAACUACCAGGAUUUCGACGACUCCGAUUCGGAUCCGUACAAGGAGCCGGAGGUUGACGACAAAGACGUCGUCGUUUUGAAGGGAGGAAACUUCAGUGAUUUCAUCGAGAAGAACAAGUUCGUGAUGGUUGAAUUUUACGCGCCUUGGUGUGGGCAUUGCCAGGCGUUGGCUCCGGAAUAUGCGGCUGCGGCUACGGAGUUGAAAGGAGAAGGAGUGGUGUUGGCCAAGGUGGAUGCUACGGAGGAGAAUGAGCUGUCACAAGAGUAUGACGUGCAGGGUUUUCCGACUGUUUAUUUCUUUGUUGAUGGAGAGCACAAGCCUUAUCCUGGUGCUAGAAAUAAGGAAGCUAUAGUGACCUGGAUUAAGAAGAAGAUAGGACCUGGAAUAUACAACAUUACUACCUUGGAUGAUGCUGAACGCAUAUUGACUUCUGAAACUAAAGUUGCCUUGGGUUACUUGAACUCUUUGGUGGGUCCCGAGAGUGAGGAGCUCGCUGCCGCUUCAAGACUCCAAGAUGAUGUCAACUUCUAUCAAACUGUGAAUCCUGAUGUGGCAAAGCUUUUCCACAUAGACCCUCAAGUUAAACGCCCUGCUUUGGUCUUGCUUAAGAAGGAGGCCGAAAAAAUAAGCCACUUCGAUGGCCAGUUUGUCAAGACUGCAAUAUCUGAGUUUAUAUUUUCCAACAAGCUUCCUUUGGUUACCAUAUUUACUAGGGAAAGUGCCCCUUCAAUUUUUGAAAGUUCAAUUAAGAAACAGCUGUUGUUGUUUGCCACGUCCAACAUUUCUGAGAAGGUUAUCCCAGUAUUCCAAGAAGCAGCUAAACUUUUCAAGGGAAAGCUCAUCUUUGUUUAUGUGCAAGUGGAUAAUGAAGAUUUUGGAACACCUGUUGCGGAUUACUUCGGUGUCAGUGGAGAUGGUCCCAAAAUCCUUGGAUAUACUGGAAAUGAUGAUGGUAGGAAGUUCGUCCUUGAUGGAGAUGUGACAUUUGAUAAAAUUAAGGCUUUUGGAGAUGAUUUUUUGGAAGACAAGCUUAAACCAUUCUUUAAAUCAGACCCAAUUCCUGAAACUAAUGAUGAGGAUGUGAAAGUAGUGGUUGGCAAUAACUUUGAUGAAAUUGUUUUAGAUGAGUCCAAGGAUGUCCUUCUUGAGAUCUAUGCACCUUGGUGUGGCCAUUGCCAAGCAUUUGAGCCGACAUACAACAAACUUGCCAAACAUCUACGUGGUAUUGACUCUCUGGUAAUUGCCAAAAUGGAUGGGACAACAAAUGAACAUCCAAGGGCAAAGUCUGAUGGUUUCCCCACGAUUCUGUUCUUCCCAGCAGGAAACAAGAGUUUUGAUCCUAUAACUGUGGACACCGAUCGCACUGUAGUGGCAUUGUAUAAAUUUCUCAAGAAAAAUGCUUCAAUCCCUUUUAAGCUCCAAAAACCAGCUUCUCCUCCCAAGGCUGAACCAACUUCGAGUCCGGAAACCAAGUCUCCUGACUCCAAGGAGAGCGACAAGAGCAGCAGUGCAGAUGUGAAGGAUGAGUUGUAACCUGAUCAGAAAGGCUUCAAAGAUGGUGAUUUUAAUGACAUCCUAAGUUAUGUGCCUUUUUUUCUGUGUUAUCAAUAGGUAGAAAGGGCAUUGGCUAUAAGAUAGAUUCAAAAUAGCGUGACUAGAAAAGGGUAAGAAUCUCGUGGUUCAAACAUCCGGCCCAGACUGUUUUCACUGAGGAAAAGAUGGAAACAAAAGAAAAAAAAAAGUGUGGUGUAUUGGCUUUCAACCAUUGUUUCUCCUAUGUAUCUCUGAAACUUAUACUGAAGAAUAAAUUGGCUCCUUAUUUCCCCAUC